GUUUGAUACCACCUAUGUAAAUUUGAUGGACGGCAAAUGUUCACUUUUUGACUUGUUGUUCGAACGGUAGGGAAUGAUGUGGCUAAGGCUUUUGACUGCGUUUGCUUUAGCAGCGCUUUGUGGUGCCGCCGCUCCAUACAAAGAGGAAGAUGACUUGAAAGCUGUUAUUGUUCUCUACCGACAUGGAGACCGUUCUCCGCUCAGUUCGUGGCCAAACGACGUUUAUUUCACCAACACAUCGCUUUGGCCAGACGGUUACGGACAAUUAAAUAACAUGGGUAAGCAACGUCACUACCAGUUGGGUAAAUGGUUCCGUGAACGUUACGAUGGAUUUUUGCCGAGAAAAUACAACUACCACGACAUCUACGUCCGUUCCACCGACGUCGAUCGGACUUUGAUGUCCGCAGCAUCGAACUUAGCCGGGCUCUAUCCGCCAGAGGGCGAUCAAAUCUGGAACGAGAACCUCUUGUGGCAGCCGAUACCAAUUCACACCACUCCAGAAGACUUGGACCCAGUAUUGACCACGAAAGUUGAAUGCGCCAGCUAUGAUGAACUGUUCGAAGAGUUCAAGAACUCCAGCGCAUAUACGAGCUUAAGCAGUGGUUUGAGUGAUUUAUUUCAAAACAUAUCUGCGCUGACUGGCUACGAUGUGAAUGAGUUGGAGGUUUCCUCUUUUUCCGGCCUCUUUUCCACCAUCACGAUUUAUCGCCACUAUAACUUGACUUUGCCCGCUUGGACCGAAGAGUAUUGGCCGGUAAUAAAAUACUGGGCGGCGAAAAAAGGGCAAUGGCACACCAACACAACGGAACUGUCCAGGCUCAGAGUCGGGCCAUUCUUCGACUAUAUUCUAGGCCAUCUGGACUCCAUCGAGAGAAAUUCGUCAACAGCCACUGAGCACCUGAAAGGACCAAGGCAGCAACUUUUGCAAUUAACCGAUAAAGUGACGCAAAAGUUCUUAAUGUUGAGCGCCCACGAUACCACGGUAGCUGAUGUUACCAACGCCAUGAGGGUUUAUGUGGAUGCCGUUCCAGAAUUCUGCUCCACGGUAAUCUGGGAGCUAAAAACUGGAAGAACUGGCUCCUAUGUGAACAUGUACUUUAAAAACAGCACGCAUUUUACCGAGCUGAUAUUGCCCGAUUGUGAAUUUAACUGUCCCUAUGAUGAUUACGUGAGGCUUCUGGAGCCGAUCACACUGAGUGCUGAGGAAUGGGCUGAAAAGUGUAAUUCGUAGAAGACGCGCGUUUUAAUUUUUAAAGCUGUGCAUGAAGUUUGCCAAUAAAUAGUAGAUUAUUGUUAAAAA